UAUCCAGUGUUCUGCUUCAGGAGUUAUCACCAUAUCAUCUUGGACGAUGCCUUCCAGAACAGCCUUGAGAAUGCUGAACACUAUCUCUGCAGGGAGCGAUGAAAAGGAGCACUGCGACAUUCUUCCCGCCACUGAUUACUGGUGACUGUAAAACCUUAGUGAGAUCAUGAAGAGAAUUCAUCACUGGAAUGAUGGACCUACCUCUCCGGCAAUGGUUGUAUGCUGAGAGCAAGAGAGGAUAGGGGUAACACCGGACAUUUGAAUUUUCAAUGUACCCCCGAAUAUAGGCCGUAUCUAUGCCAAGUCGCAACUCCUACACAGUGGUUGGGAUCGAAGUUCAGGUUCAUCCUCUUUAUUUCGCAUGAUAAUACUUAUUUUUCCCAAGAGAAAUAUAUGAUAUCAUACUAUUACCAUUGUUUACGGGUUGCAUGGAUUACCAGUGGCGUUGCUGCAAAACGUGUCAGAGUACCGAUAACCUAUCCAUAGACAAGUAGAUACGCAUGCAAGCUGGACGCCUUCACUGG